CAUAGUUACCAUAGUCAAAGUUUGACAGAAAGCGGUUGUUUUUCUUUUGCCGGUUAAUUCUUUUGCCUUUUCUUCUAAGAACUAAAAAAUUUUGUGUAAAUUGUGGAAUAUAUAUACCAUAACAAAAAAAGUUAUCUGUUAACAAAUUACAAUUAAUUGUAUGCAGCAGACGAAAUCGCAAAUAUAGCCUAAACUGAUAAAGGGAAACGUGAUAAAAUUGGAGAGACGUUGAAAUUGCAAAAAUGACAUUUACUGACGCAUUGCAUUAUGUUGCCAUUGGUAAUCCAGUAAGCAAGGCCGUCGUGUCGGGCACAACGUCAUUAUUUACCCGAGGAACGGCCACCACCAACAGCACACCAAUCGUCAAAGCAACAACAGAAGUCGUCGGCGCAAAAGUAAUGGGUGCAUUACCUCCCUUAUGGAAACUUGCUGGACGUAACCAUAAUUUUGUGCGACUAGCAGGCUUAAGCGGUGCUUCAGCCGUUAUACUUGGUGCCAUAGGUAGCCACACAUUGCCGCCAUCGCAUGAGAAAGAUGAAUCAAAAACAAUUUUUGAAACGGCCAAUCGUUUCCACUUCUUCCACUCACUAGCGCUUCUAGGUGUACCAUUGGCAAAAUAUCCACUUCUGGCCGGCACUCUUUUAGUUACUGGAACAUUUUUGUUUAGUGGUACUCUAUAUUAUCGUGCAUUUACUGGUGAUAAACGUUUUGCACGCUUCGCUCCGUAUGGUGGAUUUUGCUUAAUUGUUGGCUGGCUAACACUGCUGCUGUAAAAAUUGAUCUUAUGCGUUAAAUAAACAAUAGCAUUUAUGGAACUUAACUGAUGGCUUGAUCAAUAUGUGUACACAUAUAUUUUUACGAAUGAAUGGCAUUAUCCUUUGUAGGAAAAAGGCAAUGGAAAUAUUAUAAUAAAAAAAUGGUUUCGGUUUUCAUUUCUAUUUAAA